UCUGCAGCAGGGCGGGAUUUUAGCUCCAGCCAUGACGUCCCAACUUUUCCAACAAUCUUGUCAGUUCGACAUCAUGGCGUAGAAAUGUGGACGAAUGGUCGGGGGUAGUAGCACUGGUGGCCACGGAGAAGUUAAGAAAGUAGAACUGUUGGACUAAAACAAGAAGGCAGAAAUAGAAAAGACAUCUUCUCGAGGGGAGUUUCGGUAACGGAGAGUCGUUUUUAUUAGAGACUGAAGAUGAUGUCCGAUGCCAGCGACAUGUUGGCAGCUGCACUGGAGCAAAUGGACGGCAUCAUAGCAGGCUCCAAGGCCCUGGACUACUCUAAUGGGCUAUUCGACUGCCAGUCACCCACCUCUCCUUUCAUGGGCAGUUUGCGGGCUCUUCACCUUUUGGAGGACCUGAGGAGUGUCCUGGAGUUGAUGGACACGGAGGAGAGGGAAAGUUUGCGCUGCCAGAUCCCUGACUCAACAGCUGACAGUCUAGUGGAGUGGCUCCACGGUCACCUGUCCAACGGCCAUAUCUCUCUGAGUGGGGGUGACCACUACCAGGAAAGGCUAUCCCGAAUAGAGAGUGAUAAGGAGUCUCUGGUUCUUCAGGUGAGCGUGCUUACAGACCAGGUGGAAGCUCAGGGAGAGAAGAUUCGAGACUUGGACAUGUGUCUGGACGAGCACAGGGACAAACUCAAUGCCACUGAGGAGAUGCUGCAACAGGAGCUUCUGUGCAGAUCAACCCUGGAGAGCCAGAAACUAGAGCUGAUAUCUGAAGUGUCCAACCUGAAGAUGACCCUGAAUACCGUGGGGAAGGACAGACUUGACUUUGACAGAUUCAGGGACAGUGAGGAUUUGAUACUUGAAAUAAAUGAACUGCGGUACAGACUGACGGAGUUGGAGAGUGAAAAGCAACAAUACGAGAAGAAACUUAAAUCUACAAAGGAGGAGCUCACAUUACUGAGGAGGCAGCUGGAGGGCAAAGAUGGAGAUAUGAGGCGACUUCAGGAUGAGACAGGCUUUAAAGGCAGCGCCUCGGGCAGUGCAGAUCCUACAGAGAGAGUCUCUCAUCAAGACGAAACUCUUAGAAAGAGGCUGAAAGAAAAACAUGUGGAAGUGCAGAGAAUGAAAAAGGCAGUAGAAUCUUUGAUGGCAGCCAAUGAGGAAAAGGAUCGUAAGAUUGAGGAGCUGAAGCAGUCACUGCUGCGGUAUAAGAAAGUUCAAGACAUGGUGAUGUCAGUGCAAGUGAAGAAAGAGAGAACCAAAGAUAACGACCUCCUCGAGAGUCCCGUUGAUGGACCUUUCCCAUUAAUGUCAGCCAACACUGCGUUUGUGGAGUCAGACAGGCCUGAAGUGACAGAUCCUGAACCACUGAAAAGGACGAGUCCAGACGAGUUGGAGAUCCUUAACGGGUUGAGUGAGGAGCCGUCACCCACACCCAGUCCUUCAGAUCCAGAGCGAGUAUUAGAAUCUCCACCUACAGAUUUGGAAAGCCAUGAUACCACAAAGACUGGCAGCCAGGACCAGAUGGACAGGAGCUAUACUGAAAAGCCACAAAGUGAUGGACUGAUGACUGAUUUGAAGAUCAGUGAAAAGCCGCCAAUCAGUCCCUCUGCCACCUUGCCUGCCAACACGCAGGACGACAGCUUCGGCUCGAGAAAGGCUCGUUCUUCUUUCGGGAAGGGCUUUUUCAAGAUCCGCGGGGGUAAAAAGACAGCCAGCACCCCCAACCUCGAUCGCAGCAGGAGUGCAAGUGCACCUAUGCUAGCUGAAACAGAGCAACAGGGCACGGAUCAUCUUGACCUUGCCGGGCUUCCACAGAGAUCUUCAAACAGUGACAGCACCCAUACACUCCCUACAACCCCAGAAGGCAAGAAAAAAUCCAAAGGAAUAAAGAAACUCUUUGGAAAGCUUAAAAGGAGUCAGUCUACAACAUUCAACCUGGAUGACAACCUACAAGAGGGCGAGUUCAAGAGGGGUGGAGUACGAGCCACAGCUGGACCCAGACUGGGUUGGUCUCGUGACCUCCAACGAAACAACAGUGAUGUCGAUGCUCCCUUUGCACGCUGGUCCAAGGAUCAAGUGUGUGACUGGCUGCAAGAUCAAGGUCUCGGCCUUUACGUGAACAUGGCUCGAAUAUGGAUCUCCUCUGGACAGACGCUUCUGCAGGCCUCGCAACAGGAUCUAGAGAGGGAGCUGGGCAUCAAACACCCGCUGCACAGAAAGAAGCUGCAGCUGGCUCUGCAGGCCCUCGGCUCAGAGGAGGAAGACAAUAAGGGAAAGUUGGACUAUCACUGGGUUACAAGAUGGCUGGAUGACAUCGGCCUGCCGCAGUAUAAGACCCAGUUUGACGAGGGCAGGGUGGAUGGUCGCAUGCUGCACUACAUGACAGUGGAUGACCUGCUUUCUCUGAAAGUGGGGAGUGUCCUGCAUCACCUCAGUAUUAAGAGAGCUAUCCAGGUGCUCCGUCUCAACAGCUACGAGCCAAACUGCUUACGUCGUAGGCCAUCAGAUGAGAACAAUAUUUCUCCGGCAGAGAUCUCCCAGUGGACUAACCACAGGGUGAUGGAGUGGCUGCGUUCUGUGGAUCUCGCUGAAUAUGCUCCCAACCUGAGAGGCAGCGGAGUGCAUGGGGGCCUGAUGGUUCUGGAGCCUCGGUUCAACGUGGAGACCAUGGCUUUGCUGCUCAACAUCCCCCCAAACAAGACGCUGCUACGUCGCCACCUGGCCACACAUUUCAACCUGCUCAUCGGGUCAGAGGCCCAGCAGCUCAAACAGGAGUGUCUUGAAAACCCGGACUACACUCUACUCACUGCCACCACUAAAGUCAAGCCAAGGAAGCUGUCAUUCGGUAACUUUGGCAGCCUGAGGAAGAAGAAGCAGGAUGACAAUGAGGAGUACGUGUGUCCGAUGGAUGUGGAGAUGCCGAAGGGACGAAGUUUUCAGAAAGGCUUUGAGCUUCAAAUCUACGAAGACGACCUUGACAGGCUAGAACAGAUGGACGACUCUGAGGGGACCGUGAGACAGAUCGGAGCUUUCUCUGAGGGAAUUCAAAACCUAACGAGCAUGCUGAAAGAUGAUGAAUUCUUCAAAGAGAAUUCAAAUUCACCAAACCUCAGCGUAACAGACGAAGAGUCCAACGCAUGAGACUGUGAGCAUGGAGAACACCGUGAGACCUGGUCCUGCUGUGAAUGAAGCUCUGUGCUGACACUCCCCCCUCUCAAAGAGACUUUUUCUCCACAAACCUCGAGAACGCCGCCAGGUUUCUGUUCAGAGUGACAUUCAAAGAUGAGCCUAAAGUAUUACAGUGUCGACUUUAUUUCAGCUUCACACAGAGGUGGUGUGAGAACAUUCAGUCCUGUAGCCACUAUCACUCUUGAAGUUUGUCUCCGUCUCAGCCGUCUGAUGUCAGAGGGAACAUUUAGAGCAACACCAAUGCCUGUCUGCCUGCCAGCUGGAUUCUGGAGAUGUUUUGUGCUCAGCUAUGUAGCAGCAUCUUUCUAUUUCUGAUAUAAGGUGAUCAAGUGAUCAAUUUCUGGGCAGGUGUGUGAACCAGCAGGAUGAGGACGUCUACAAUUUAGUGUAGAUAGAUUUUAAUAUAUGUCUUUUUUUAUUGCCUUCUUAUCGUAGACAUAUAGAGAAAAGGUGGACAUCCCCAGAUUUUAAAGGUUAGUGUAAAGUAAUAACUUUGAAACAGCUGCUAUGUUUUUUUACAGACCUUAAUCUUUCUAAUGAAAUGAAAGUUGUUUUAUUUAAACUUUUUACAGGAUUUCACUCAGAAGUAAUACUCUACCUGCAUUUGCACAGAUACAUAUCAUAUAGAACAAAGCCUAAAAAAUAUUAUUGCAUGGUUUUGAAAUUCAACACAUUUAUAAAAGAGCUUCUUUAUUUUAUCUUUACUAUAAAUGUAUUUCAAAUGGAACCUUGUUGGCCAAUAGUUAUUUUUAAAAAAGGGCUGUUUUUGUUCAGAAUUGUGAUGAGACUCUGUCAGGAUUAAAAAUAAUAAUGUUGUAAUUCAUCCCUCUACAAUACCUGAAAAGAUAAACCGUUUUUUUACAUUUACCCAUUUCUAAGACCAAUAAAGUAAUUUAAAUCA